AAAACUGUGACCCGUAACCCGGAAGUACUUAUUUCAUCUUGCCAGUUUAACAGCGGUGAAAAUCAAAACAACGCCUUUGAAAAGCUUUCAUUUUAUAGCUUUUACAGAUAUAUUUCUCAAAUAUCAGCUGAUAUUUUCUCAAUGGCGUUGGAAACUUGUCCUAAGGACCUCCGCCAUUUGCGGGCAUGUCUUCUGUGCUCUCUUGUGAAGACGAUUGACCAGUUUGAAUAUGAUGGCUGUGACAACUGUGAGUCGUACCUUCAGAUGAAGGGGAAUCGAGAGAUGGUCUAUGAGUGUACAAGUUCCUCGUUUGAUGGGGUCAUAGCUCAGAUGAGCCCCGAGGACAGCUGGGUGGCCAAGUGGCAAAGAAUCAGUAAUUUCAAGCCUGGUGUCUAUGCUGUGACGGUGACAGGGCGGUUACCUCCAGGGGUGGUAAGAGAGCUGAAGAGCAGAGGAGUGAUCUACAAAUCCAGAGACACCGCUGUUAAGACAUAAGCCUGAUCCUCUCUACAGGGACAGACAGUCAUCUUCAGCACAGCUUCACAGUGCAACAAGACAAACACAGUCUGUGGAGACUGAUGUCGCUAAUGGGUCUUUUCUCUUUGCCAAACACAAGUGCAAAGUCUGAUUUUCGUUACGUGUAAUGUCUCAUAGAACUGUCUUGUUUAAUUUGGUUAUUGUGUCGAUUUUGUUUUCAAUGGGAUGGGUUCACUCUGCUAGAAUAGACAUUCUCAUAUUAUGCUAAAAUAAAAAAAAUAGUAUUUACAAACCUGGAGUGUAUUUAUCAUAAUAAACUCUACAUUUUUUAUAAAAACAA